GUUGAAAUCAAAUCAAGCAAGACCAUAUGGGUCCCCAAAACUAAACUUUCUCUCUCUUUCUUUUGAAAAAUAAGUUUUUUUCUGUGACAGCAUCGAUGGCUCGAGUGAAAGGCGCACCCCGCGUAGAUCGAAACCCGGUUGCCGGACCGAAUCCUCCUGCCGCACCGGAAAUCCGUUACCGCGGCGUUCGGAAGCGACCAUGGGGCCGAUACGCGGCGGAGAUAAGAGAUCCGUGGAAGAAAGCCCGUGUCUGGUUAGGCACUUUUGAUUCUGCAAUUCAAGCCGCCCGGGCUUACGACGCAGCUGCAAUAUCCUUCCGCGGUGCCAAAGCCAAGACCAAUUUCCCUAUCCCUCCUGAGGCUCUUGCGGCUCUGAUUCCUCCUCCUCCACCUCCGGUUAACCGUAGGCCUAAACCAGCCGUGCUUACCAAAGCGGACACGGUUUAUGUCAAUUAUCCUACUUCGAGCGGGAUGAGUAGUACCGUGGAAUCGUUCAGUGGACCUAGGGUUGGUUCUUCUUCAACCUCUAGGGUUCCUGUGUUUGUUCCUAUUGUUGCUGCUGAGGGUUAUCACAGUGAUUGUGAUUCUUCUUCAUCUGUGGUGGAUGAUGAUGAAGAUUGUGUCAUCAUUUACUCCCCUGUUCGGAAGCCUCAGCCUCGCAAUAUUGAUCUCAAUUUGCCUGCUCCGAUGAACUACAAUGAUGAAGAGAUCCGCGCCACCGAUUUGCAUCUCUGAGUUGCCUCCGUCCGUCUGUUCCGUCUGUCCGCCGCUGAUUCUGCUGCUGUGACUUAUGUCAAUUUCUGUUCAAUAGAGUUUAAUUGUCUUUGAAUUUUAUCAUUGUAGUUUGUUAAGUAUGAAGAAAGAAAAAAAGAAAAAAAAAACUUUACUUUGUUAGAGUUAUAGAGUAUUAAGGUUAUAGGGAUAGUUUAUUAUUAUGAGUCUGAUUAUGAUUAAGAUUAUGAUUAGGAUUAUGUUGUAGAGUAUUGGAAUAGGACAUGGCCAUCUUUGUUAUGUGAUAAGUGAAGGUUUAUUUCAACUUGGAUGGUUUAUGUCUUUGUUGUUGUAAGUUUAUUUGGAUCCUGUCAUAUAGCAUUGUAAUGGCAUUGGUCCUAAUUUUAUUUGAACUUUUUAGAGUUAA